CAAGGUAAUCAAACUUUUAGCAGAUUAAGUAUUAUUUAAUCGUAUGUUUCAUUAACAAUUGUUAUUGUGUACAGCAAUCAUUUGAUGUGAAUGAUGCACUCAAAGACCUUAUUUUUCAAAUGAUGGGCAAAUACUGGAGACAACAUAAAUCGAAAAUUACAAAACAGCUAAUUCAAGCCAGUGAGUUGCCCAAUUGUGCACGUAAAUUCCAACUCAUGAAGCCCUUAAAUGUGAAAUCAAACAAGGAUUGGGAUACUUUUGUGAAAUCAAGACUUACUACAUCAUUUCGAGUGAGAUUUUUGCUUACUUUAGUUAGUUAUAAUGUAUACGUAAAUUUUAAUUAUUUGUUUAAAUAUUUUUUUCUCAUCUAUAUUAUUACUGUUGAUUUAAGGAAAAAAGUGAAAGGUUUAAGGAAAUGAGAAAGAAGCAGAAGUACACACACUAUGAGUCGUAAAGGUUAUGCUCGCAUGGAAAAUGAAAUGAAAGAAAACCAUGCAAAUCCUAGCGAAAUAACAAGGGUGGAAUUAUGGAAAAAGGCAUACGAAAAUAAGAAUGGCGAACCUGUCAAUGACGCUGCUGGUGAAAUAAUGGAGCAAAUAAAGAAGUGCAAUGAGUUAAAGGAGAACCCACCAUCAAAGGAUUCUAUAAGAGAUGAUGCUUUAGCACGAGUUUUAGGACCUGAAGCUCGAGGACGAGUUCGUGGACUUGGUUUUGGUGCUACCCCAUCUAGAGUAGCUGCAACAAUUCAAAGUAAUGCAAUGUUCAACGAUAUUCAAACUAAAAUGGCCAACUUGGAAACACAAGUGAAAUCACUUAUGAAACUAAAUCAACAGAAUUCAAGCAAGAAUCCUGAAGAUAUGAUAAGCUCACAUGUUGCUACUCCUCAAGUUGGCACUCCUCAAUCAGAACAAGGAAGUCAUCCUCUACAAGAUCAACCUACCAACAAUCAGAAGUGUCAGCUAUUACAUUGGUACAACUUUAAAACUGCGGAGGAAGUUGUGGCUGAAGGACACAUUGCAUCAACUGAUCCACAAACUAAAGUUCAUCAUAUACCUAUUGGAAAAGAGUGUUGGAAGGUGUGGGUUGACCUCGUAGUUAAUGAAGAUUUGCACUUGUUUAGACCUACCAAUGAAUUUAGCGUGCUUGGUGAUGCUUUAGGGAGUACAAUUGCGUGGCCAAAAAGUUCUAUCAAAAUGAUAAAUGAAGAUUACGAGUAUCUUCACUGACGUCCUAGGGUAAAUUGAAGAUUAUAUUAUUUUGACUUAAAUAGAAUCUAGGCUUAGUUCAGUAUUACAUUUCGUAUUAUCUUUUUUUUAGCAGACUUGCACUCUAUUCGGAUAUUAUGGAUGUUUAUGUCAUUUUGAGAUUUUGGUUUUGAAUUAUUUGGUUUAUAUGAAUAUUUUUAAUGUAAAUUAGUUUAUUUUUAGAGCAUAUUGAUUAGUGAAAUUUGUGAAAUAUAUAAUUGAAUAGUUUAAGUCUAUUUCUACAAAGCACCGAACAUUUGGUUAAUAUAUCAACCAACAACGCACAAUGAAAUGUUGUUGUUAGUAUAAUACAACAUGCCUAUGCACUUUGUGAUAUACCUUGUAACAAUAUUAACCGUAAGUUGUGAUAUACCUUUCAACAAGACACUCGGAAAUGUUGUGGUUAGUGUAGGACAACAUGCCCCUGCACUUUGUCGUAACGUUUAUUACAAGACGUCUUUGCAUGUUGUUAAUUACAAACAACCACUAGCAUAAUGCGUUGUUAUAGACCUCAUACAACGCGCAUCGUUGU